CUCUAUUUACCUCGUUUCAGGCUAUUGUAUAGGCCAAACAUAGGAGACCAUAGGACAGGGUUUAUCCUCCUUUCUAAAGGAAACUACGUUGGGAUAAGUUGGAGUGAUCACCACCUCCAACACGGUUUAUCCUCCUUUCUAAAGGAAACUACGUUGGGAUAAGUUGGAGUGAUCACCACCUCCAACACUUAAGACUCUUCUUCAGGAGUUCUUGAGCUCAACUCAUUGUGCAGAAUAUGUAUCAACAACCAGCUGAAAUGCAAGCCUCAAAACCCAUUAAUAACACACAGCUAGCCAUUGAUCAUCUCAUCCCCAUAGAUUUCAACAAUGCCACUGACCUCCCAGAUUCCCACAACUGGCCAUUAUUCCAAUCCAUUGCUAUAAACACCUCCUCACCACCAGUUUCGCCACCAUCUCCUCCUCCUCCCAGCGGCGAAAAACCGAUCCCCGUGGUGGAUCUUGACGACCCCAGAGCCACGAGCCGCGUCAGGACGGCUUGUGAGACCUGGGGCGUGUUCCAAGUCACCAACCACGGCGUCCCCGCCGCGGUGCUGGACGGAAUCGAGCACCAGGCGAGGCGGUUCUUCGCCUCGCCGGGGGAGAAGAAGCUCCGGGCUCUGAGGUCGCCGGAGGGCCCGUCGGGGUACGGGGCGGCCCCCAUAUCGCGGUUCUUUAGCAAGAUGAUGUGGUCGGAAGGACUGACGAUCGCCGGGUCGCCGGUGGAACAUGCACGCCGCGUUUGGCCUCGAGAUUAUUCCACCUUCUGCACUGUUAUUGAUGACUACAAAGAAGAAAUGAAGGGCCUGGCAGAAAAGAUAUGCGCAUUGAUGUUCAAGUCAUUGGGCUUUGACAAAAGAGAUGUGGAAUGGUUCGAGCCCAAAAGGCUCACGCAGGCCAUAGUACAACUCAACUCGUACCCAAAAUGUCCGGACCCAACCCGCGCAAUGGGCCUGGCCCCUCACACAGACUCGUCCCUUAUCACCAUGCUGUACCACACCAACACCAGCAAAGGCCUCCAAGUCCAAGGGCCCGAUAUGAAUUGGGUGGAUGUGGAGCCCAUUCCCAACGCGAUCACAGUUCAUGUCGGGGACUUGAUGCAGAUGGUCUCCAACGGGCGGUUCAAAAGCGUGCUGCAUCGGGCCAUUGUGAGCAAGGCCCAUCAUCGGAUAUCGGUGGCCUACUCCUUCGGCCCAAGAAAGGACGUCAAAGUUUCAGCCCCACUUGGCCCAAUGAAGAGUGGUGACUUGCCCGUGUAUCGUCCAAUCUCGUGGAACGAAUACCUCAACAUCAAGUCUAUAUACUUCAACAAGGCCAUGGAGCAUGUUCUAGUUUGAUGGGGUAACCGUUUUUCGGGUUAUGUUUUUUUUCUUCUGAGUUUGGAAUUCGGU